AAUUUAAGCGAAAAUUCAAGAAGGACCUUACUACAAGUGCUCGAGCUUUACGUCGUCUACGAACUGCUUGUGAACGUGCAAAGCGUACUUUAUCUGCAUCAACUCAAACUUCAAUCGAAAUUGAUUCACUUUUCGAAGGUAUCGACUUUUGCACUUCCUUAACUCGUGCUCGAUUUGAGGAACUAAAUCAAGAUUUGUUCCGAUCUACCAUGGAGCCGGUUGAAAAAGUUCUCCGAGAUGCUAAAACUGAUAAAGCACAAAUUCAUGAAAUUGUUUUAGUUGGUGGUUCUACUCGAAUUCCUAAAAUACAAAAAAUGGUGUCAGACUUCUUUAAUGGCAAGGAGCCCAACAAAUCCAUUAACCCUGAUGAAGCCGUCGCUUACGGUGCUGCUGUACAAGCUGCAAUACUUUCUGGUGAUACAUCAGAAAAAACUCAAGACUUGCUAUUACUUGACGUUGCACCACUUUCUCUCGGUAUUGAAACUGCAGGAGGU